AUGUUCUCUCACUUCAGCGUCGCGCUUGCACUCCUCUCCCCUCUCGUUAUGGGUACUCCUCUGCGGCGGGCAAUGCAAGUACACGAGGCUCUUCAGAGUACACCCAGUGGUUACACCUUGACUGGAGCCGCCUCGCCCGACACUGUCCUCAGUCUGCGCGUUGCUCUUGUGCAGAACAAUAUUGACGGGCUGAUUGAAGCCUUGUACGACGUCAGCACGCCGUCCAGCUCGAACUAUGGGAAAUGGCUCAGCAAGUCCGAUGUUGAGGCGUACACAGCCCCAGAAUCAGAGACCGUUGAUGCGGUCAACAGCUGGUUGAGUGAGAAUGGACUCAACGCGACCGUCCUCACACCCGCUGGCGAUUGGCUUGGUAUCGACGUACCAGUCAGUAAAGCGAAUGAAAUUCUCGCUACUGAUUUCUCGGUCUUCACCUCCUCGGUCACUGGCGCGACGACUAUCCGCACCCUGUCGUACUCUCUCCCGUCGAACUUGAUUGGUCAUGUCGCCCUUGUUCACCCCACUAUCACGUUCCCUAACCCGAGCGGUAUCAAGCCUCCUAUUGCCCGUGAAGUCAGCACUCCGGCCGCGAGCGCGUCUGACUUGUCCGAUCCAUGCGCGAUUGUAAAGCUUAACGGAACCGCGAUGACUCCUGCAUGUCUGCAAGAACUCUAUGGCAUUCCUGCUACCCCUGCCACCGUUGCCUCGAAUGGCCUCGCUGUGGCCGAGUACGAAUAUGAAUACGCCGAGGAAUCGGAUCUGCAUACAUUCCUGCAGACGUAUCGUCCGGACGUGAACCCCAACACCAAUUUCACCGUCCUCAGCAUAGACAAUGGCACUAAUCCUCAGAGUCCUGAUGACGCUGGUCUUGAAGCGAGUCUCGACCUCCAGUAUACCGUAGGGAUAGCAACAAACGUCAACACGACAUUCAUUACCGUUGGGUACAAUGGCGACUUCUUGACCAACCUCUUGGACACUGCAAAUACCCUCAUUGCGCUGGACUCGCCUCCGCAGGUUGUGUCUACUAGCUACGGUGAGGAUGAGCAGUAUGUAUCGGCCUCUUUCGCGACAACCCUCUGCAAUGCGUACGCACAGUUGGGCGCCCGUGGAGUCUCGCUGAUCUUUUCUUCGGGCGAUGGCGGUGUGUCGGGAAACCACUUCGAAGAGUGCACGACAUUCAACCCCACCUUCCCUUCGGUAUGCCCCCACAUCACAACCGUCGGUGCAACCACUCUGAUCCCUGAGGUCGCCGUGGACUUCUCGGGCGGCGGGUUUUCUAACAUCUUCCCUCGCCCAAGCUACCAAGACGCUGCUGUCUCUGCAUAUCUGACGCUUCUUGGAAGCAAUGACACCGGGCUGUACAAUGCUUCGGGCCGUGGAUACCCGGAUGUUUCUGCGCAAGGGGUUGACUUUGAGGUGGUGAAUGCCGGUGAGGUCCUCCAGGUCAGUGGCACAAGCUGCUCUGCGCCCACCUUCGCUAGCGUGGUUGCCCUCCUCAACGACCGGCUGCUCGCUUCCGGAAAGCCCACCCUUGGAUUCCUGAACCCCUUCCUGUACUCGACUGGGGCUUCAGCGUUCAAUGACAUUACGUCGGGGAACAACACCGCGUGCGGCACGAAUGGCACACUGGGCUUCUUUACGGCGCCUGGUUGGGACCCCGUUUCUGGUCUCGGCACUCCCGACUUCGCGAAGCUGCUGACGGCAGUGGGGUUGUGA